AUGGAGGGCUUGGAUUUUGAUGAGACCUUCAGACCUGUUGUUAAAAAGCCUACUAUCCGAGUUGAAGAUGUUUUUAUGUCUCAGCCCGUUGGUUUUAUUGAUACGUUUUGCCCUGAUUACGUUUGCUGCUUACACAAAAGUUUGUAUGGCCUAAAACAGGCUCUUCGGGCUUGGUUUGAACGCUUCACCAAUUAUCUGAUCACACUUGGGUUAGAGGUUUCUCUUGCUGAUACUUCUUUAUUUGUACGGUCUGUUGAUGGAUCUCUGACUUUUCUCCUCUUAUACGUGGAUGAUAUUAUAAUCACUGGUCUCGAUUCUUCCUACAUUGCUGUUCUCAAGAAAGCUCUAGCUACUGAAUUCCAAAUAUCUGAUUUUGGUGCUCUGAGGUACUUUCUGGGUUUAGAAAUUAAGUUCUUACCUAUUGGUAUUUUUGUGAAUCAAGCAAAGUACUUACAAGAUUUAUUAGUCCGUUCUGGAAUGUGCUUGGCCAAAUCAUGCUCCACUCCUAUGUCCACUUCUAUAGAUCUCCAUGCUUCUGCACCCAUGUUUACUGAUGCAUCUCCCUAUCGUCAAUUGGUGGGUUCAUUACAAUAUUUGACGUUUACUCGUUCUGACAUUACUUUCUCUUUCAAUCGGAAUAAUGCCUUGACCCUUUCUGCCUUUUAUGAUGCUGAUUGGGCUGGAGAUGCUAUUGAUCGCCGAUCUACCACUGGCUUUGUUGCAUUUCUUGGCUUGAGCCCUAUUUCUUGGUCGACCAAAAAGCGACAUACUAUGUCUCCUUCUUCUACUGAAGUUGAGUAUCGGUCUUUGGCCACUACUACUGCUGACUUAUAA